AUGGAAUGGGAUGAGGGGCUAAGGAAAGGGGAGUUAAGGAAGGAAGGAAAGAAGGAUUCGAAUGACGAACAACAAAAAGAAGCAGAAGACGAAGAUUUAGAAAUUUCGGUUGAUUUUUAUCAUCAAAAUGAAGGAUCCUCCAUUCAUGAUUCGGAUGUUUUUACGGAUUCGCUCAACGGAAUGAUGGCGACGACGACGACGACGAGGAAAAACGAAAGAAAAUCAUCGGAAAUUGAAAAUGAUAAAAAUAUUUCAUUUAAAUCAAAAGGAGAAGAAGAAGAAGAAGAAGAAAAAGAAGAAGAAAUAGGGAAUAAAAACGACGCGGAAGUAGAAAAACCGUUAAAAAAUUCGAUUUGGAAACGAGAAUCGAGCGGGGAUGACGUCAUCGACGGCGUCGGAGAAAUUCGUCGCGAAAAAUUUUGCGGUAAAAAGUACGACGAUGAUGACGUAAUAAUGGGCAACAAUACGAAUCCCGAUAGGAGAAGGAUAUCGAAUGAAGAUUCGAAAUUGAAAAACGAAAUGAAUUUUUUCGACAGCAUUGACGAUUCUCUCGACGUCGACAGAGACGACAGCCUUAUUAUAAAUUCAUCUCAUUAUUGCAACAACGACAACGGCAACAGCAUGAAAUCAUUUGAAAACGAAGCCAUGAUAGAAUUAUUAGAUUCAUUAGAAAUUAAUUUUAACGAAUUCGAUUGA